GCCCAGCUCGGUUCAGGAUCGAAGCUCUUUUUUUGUUUAUUCGAAGGGGGAAGAUGACGUCUUGACGUAACAGGUGACGCAAACACUUUUGUGGGUUAACAUGAAGUUAGACUGCGUGAAAAGGACAAACUGCAGCUUUAGAAACCGAUGGGACCAGAACUGGACUCGAAGCGGUUUUAGAGACUUGACAGUCCAGUUGGACUGGUGUCGUGUCCACGAUAGGCUCCAGUCCCCCAUGACGCUGAUGUUUGGAUUUGAUGUCCCAGUGAUCAUGCACCGUUCUGAUGAGGAAGAGUCUGUGGUACCAAUCCCAGAGAAGCACAUGGUUCAGGUUCUGAACCCCUUUGGACUACAGCUCGGGUCUGGACCUGCUUCUGUCACUGAUGGUGUGUCCGUGAAAGCGUUCUGCCUGGAGCCCUGUAUCCUGACCUGUUUCUGGGGCUGUGGGGUCAGUGCCCUGCAGGGGGCGCUUGAGGCCCAGCAUUACGGUCCGAGGCUCAGCACCCCUCACCAACACUUUCAGGAGGCCCUGCAGUCCCAUUGCCAGUACUUCCAGACCUUCCUUAUCAGCAGCGAUGACUGGGAAGAGCGCCGCUCUCAAAUCUCCGCGGCGCAGGGGAUCACUGAUUUUGGCUUGUUGCCACGGGAACAGUAUCCUCUGGUGGCCAUUUUGACGCUAGCAGAGCCGGACCUUGCACACAAGUACAACAUUGUUGCCAGCGUGACAGUUAUUCAUGUUCCUGACAACAGACACAGACUAUGUGCUCGGAUCCUGUUUCAGCACCUGGUGACUUCGCAGGGAAACGUGUAUGAGUUAAAGCCACUCUUCAUGGCAACUGACAGAGGAGAGGUUCCUGGUCCUCCUGACUCAGACCACAAUGACCAGCACAAUCCAGUUCUGGAGGACUGGGGGGAAGCAAAAGCCAGAGACUGUGUGGUUUGUCAGAAUGCUGCCGUCAACAGAGUGCUGCUGCCCUGCAGACAUGCCUGCGUGUGCGACAGCUGCCUGUCACACUUCCAGCACUGCCCUAUCUGCAGGGCCUUCAUCCUGGAGUCCUUUGCCUUGUUGAACUCAGCAGCGAGCACAUAGACCGCCUUACUGCAGGAUGAUGAGAUUCAAACAGAAACUUUUAUGUUUCAAAGUGUUCAAUUGGACUGCAAAUACAGUGAAGACAAUAAAAACACCAAAUCCACCACGCAUGCCUUUUAGCUGAUUUAUUAAAAAAAAAACCUUUGAAGGCUGUCAUGUCAGGUGGAAGUGUGAUCAGGUGUAGGUGCUGUGUGCUUUAAUUUAUCUGCAGCAGCCAAGUUUAUCCCAUGAUCAGCAUGUCCGGCUGUUUUCACUUGUUAGCGCACUUUCUCAAGAACCAGUUGACCAAAUUUCAUUACUUUUUUUUUUUAGCACAAGUGUGUACUUGGGUCAUCAUCUGACACUUUACUGAUUUGUGGGGACUGGGGGGGGUACACCAUCUCCUGAUGUCUCAUUCUUGUAGCUGAGAGUCCACCAGCUCAUAUUAGAGGUGAAGCAGUUCACCCUGGACACUAACUGAGCAGGUUUCUCUACGUAGGCGUGGAGGUGCAUCAGGAAGGACAUCUGUGUGUGAAAUUUGUGCCAAAUCAUGGAUCUGUACUGGAACAGCUGGUUUGCUAUCACUUGUAGCAAUAAAUGUUGAAAAUAAAGCUAUUUUCAGGCACAUGA